UGCAGCUGUGAUUGAGUCGCGCUUCGGGUCUGCGAGAAGACUACAUAGCGGAAUCCCUCUGCUAGAGCCAUCGACCAGAAAACCGACCUCGAAUACCACACAACCCCCACCGCCAAAAUGGACCAGCUCUCCGGCUUCCGCGUAGCCAAGCAUCUGGAGAAAUCCCGCCUCCUCCUGGGCAUCAACUCUGUCGCCGCUCUCUCAAUCUUCUUCUUCGGCUACGACCAAGGCAUGAUGGGCGGCGUCAACAACGCAAAACACUACAUCGACCUCAUGGGUUUCGGCUACGUAGACCCCAUCACCAAAGACCCCAUCAUCACCGACUCCCUGCUCCAAGGCGGCAUCGUCUCCGUCUACUACCUCGGCACCCUCGUCGGUUGCUUACUCGGUGGAUGGGUGGGUGAUAAAGUCGGCCGCGUCAAGACCAUUGCUCUUGGAGCCGUGUGGGCGAUUUUCGGCGCCUGUCUGCAGUGUUCAGCGAUGAACGCAAAUUGGAUGAUUUGCGCGCGAUUGGUGAAUGGAAUCGGGACGGGGAUUCUGAAUGCAAUUGUGCCGGUUUGGGCGACGGAGACGGCGGAGCACACGUCUAGAGGGCAGUUUGUGGCGAUUGAAUUUACGCUCAACAUCUUCGGUGUCGUCGUCGCCUACUGGCUCGAAUACGGCCUCUCCUUCAUCGACAACGGCGAGUCCGCUUUCCGCUGGCGUUUCCCCGUCGCCUUCCAGAUCAUCCCUCUCCUCAUCUUGCUCUCCAUCGUCCUCUUCUUCCCCGAAUCUCCCCGCUGGCUCGCGAAAGUCGGCCGUGACGAAGAAGCGCGAUGGGUCCUCGGUCGUCUGCGCGGUAGCGAUCCCGUGGGAGUCGCUAAAGCCGACGCCGAGUUCGCCGAUAUUAAAGCUAUUGUGGCCCGGGAGCGGAAGACGUCCUCCCAGAAUACGUACUAUGCUAUGCUCUUCGGUACUGGAUCGGGGAAACUGCAUACGGGACGGAGAGUGCAGUUGGUGGUGUGGUUGCAGAUUAUGCAGGAGUGGAUUGGCAUCGCGGGCGUGACGGUCUAUGCGCCGACGAUUUUUCGGAUCGCCGGGUUUUCGAGUGAGAAGAGCCAGUGGAUUUCGGGUUUGAAUAACAUUUUCUACAUGUUUUCGACGCUGAUUUGUGUGUUUACGUUGGAUCGCAUUGGGAGACGGUGGACGUUGUACUGGGGCUCUGUCGGGAUGGGCAUCGCCAUGUUCCUCGCCGGCGGCAUGUCCCGCGGCGGAAUCAACGCCACCGCCUCCGGCAACGACGCCGCAGCCUCCGCCUACGGCAUCGCCGCCGCAUCUUUCGUCUACAUCUUCACCUUCGUCUUCGGCGCCACCUGGCUGACCGUACCCUGGCUCUACCCCGCCGAAAUCUUCCCGCUCGAAGUCCGCGCAAAAGGCAACGCAUGGGGUGUAGUCGGCUGGUCGAUCGGAAACGGCUGGCUGACGCUCCUCUGUCCGGUCAUGUUCAACGCCAUUCAGGAGAAGACACUGUACAUCUUCGGCGCGUGUAAUGUCAUUACCAUCCCGAUGGUGUGGGCGCUGUAUCCCGAGACGAAUCAGAGGACCUUGGAGGAGAUUGAUCUGUUGUUUGAGUGUGAUUCUCCGUGGGUGUGGGAGGCGGAGAAGAAUUUCCAGAGGUUGAAGGAGGAGAAUCCAGGUUUGGUGCUUGCUGCCAGUCGGGGUAAUUCAGUCGUUGAUCCGGAGAUGGGAAAGAACGUCGCGGGCGAAGUGAAGGAGGAUGGCAGGGAGUCGCCUAAAACGGAGUAG